AGAAGAUCCGUACUAAUCUAGAGUCCAGAGCUAGAGGCGUUUGCAUUGCAUUUGCUUGUUGUUUGUGGCCAGUAUUCCCUGUGUUUUGCGAGCGCAACCAUUCUGCACUCAAGACUUUUCUUUAACUGCGAAAAAGAAAGCUUACUUCACAUCGAGACAUGCAUCCAGCAACUGCCAAGUGGUACGAUAGGAGGGACUCUGUUUUUAUAGAGUUCUGUGUAGCAGACAGCAAAGAUCUUAAAAUCAACUUUGACAAAACAAAGUGUGUUUUCAGCUGUAUCGGGGGAACUGACAACGUCAAAAUUGAGAAUGAAAUAGACCUUUUUGAAGCAAUUGAUGAAAAUGAAUCCAAACACAAACGCACAGAUCGCUCAGUGUUGUGCUAUUUACGAAAAGCACAGCCAGGGAAGGCAUGGCCGAGGCUAACGAAAGAAAAGGCCAAGCUGAGUUGGCUCAGCGUUGACUUCAACAACUGGAGAGACUGGGAGGAUGACUCAGAGGAGGAGAUGGGCCAAUUCGAUCAAUUCUCAGAUAUGAUGCACAACAUGGGAGGUGAUGAUGACCUACCUGAUCUGGACGGUGCAGAAGAUGACGAGUCCGCGGAUAGCGAUGAUGAGAAAAUGCCUGAUUUGGAGUAGAAGACUGUAAGACUCUGGAGAGAAAAUGGAGGAACGCAGGGCAAGAGGAAUCUCAACAAAUGUAUAUCUUGAAAACGAAGGCAGUGACAAACAAACUGUACAUAUGAGUCUGUAGCCAUAUUUAAAUCCAUAGCCUCAGCUCCAAACUCUUGGCCGACCUGUCCACUGAAGGUUGAUAUGCAUGGUAUUGUACAGAGCAGCUAUCUCCACUUCCAUUUGCUGUACUGCACCUUCUUGGGUAUCUUGUUUUACUGUUCAAUAUUACAAGUAAGCACACAUUAUUUGUUGGAAAAAGCUGUGUAGUAGUCCUCAAAUGAGCAAUACGUGUUAAGAGAGAAUUUGUUUUCUAAUGGAUUGUGGUUUCAAAUGAUUAGGCCCACCCUAUUCCCAAUGCUGUAUUAGGUAAGUCGAUCGGUGUAGUUUUGAUUUCAUGAUUGACAAAGACAACUAUAGAUGUACUUAAAAAAAAAAAAAAUUAGAUGUAUUUACUGAUUGGAUUCCUCUAAAGCUUUCCAUGUGCCGUGAAUUAGAUUUUCCAGGAAGCCAGUCUUUGUUUGUCGUGGCUUAACCUUCCAGCUUACAUGUUUCCCUCCACUUCUUUUUUUUUUUUUUUUUUUUUAAAUUUCGGUUUAAUUGGACAAUUCUGAGAUUACUGCAGAAAUAUUUGCAUCUUCUGGGUUAUGAGCCUCAUUUGUAAUCUGAGUGAGUUCCAUACAUUUCACAUUUUAAAAAGCUCUUCUCUCCGUACCCUCCUGCAGAAACAAGGUGAAAUGUCUUACAUUGAGGCUUGAAGCUUGGUUGGACCUCAGCAUCAUGUGGUUUGUUGCUUUUCUCCAGGUUCUUUCCUUUUUGUUCAUUCAUCUAGAAUGAUCCUCCCUCUUUGAGGGAGAUUUGGGACGUUAGGCGACGUGUAAUGACCAAAUUAUAUUUGCACUGUCAAUAAAAUGUAAGGGGAGACAAACGGUGUUGAAUUACAGUGAAAGUUCUUUUUUAUUGUCUACAUCUUUCUAAUAAACUGUUCAAGAAUCAUUUUAAA